AUGAAAGUGUGGGAGAGGUUGAUUAAAGGGAGAUUGAGGAGGUGUGUGUCCAUUCCCGAGAAGCUGUUUUGUUUCAUGCCGGGAUGGUCGACUACUGAGGCCAUUCACAUUGUGAGGAGAUUGGUAGAGCGGUAUAAGGCGGUGAAGAAGAAUUUGCAUAUGGUGUUCAUUGACCUUGAGAAAGCCUAUGACAAAGUGCCGAGAGAGGUUCUAUGGAGAUGUUUGGAGGCGGGAGGUGUGCCUGUAACAUAUAUUAGAGUGAUUCAGGACAUGUAUGAUGGGGCUAAGACACGGGGAUCAACACUCAGCCCGUCUUUGUUUUCCCUGGCGAUGGAUUCUUUGACGCGCCACAUUCAAGGGGAGGUGCCUUGGUGCUUGUUAUUUGCGAAUGACAUAGUCCUGAUUGAUGAGACGCGAGGUGGCGUUAACGAAAGGCUGGAGGAGGCAGAUGGGGAUGUGAGACUCGAUACGCAAGUCAUUCCCAAGAGAGAGAGUUUCACAUAUCUGGGAUCUAUAAUUCAGAUGAAUGGGGAGAUAGAUGAGGAUGUUACUUACCGUAUUGGAGCAGGAUGGACGAAGUGGAGGCUCGCUUCCGGUAUCUUGUAUGAUAAGAAUGUGCCAUUGAAACUUAAGGGGCCCCCUUCACCUUCUUUAGCCGAGGGUCAUUCGGAAACAGUCUCUCUAUCCUUCCAAGGUAGAGCUUCCAGCGAUUUUGGGCCUGAACGAUUGGCCCCAAAAAUACAGUUCAUAUUGAAGCUUGCCCAGUUUUGGACUUAA